UUGGCACAAGCAGGACGUCGCCGGAGCGGGAAUGAUCAUUUUGGUGGGGGUAGCUAUAAAGAAAAGCUUUUUUUUGUUGUUGAGUGCUUUCCAUGUCCUCUCCGAGCAACACGCACGUCCCUCUGAGCGCCUUGGCGCACAAGAGCAAGACCAAGAUGAAGCACUUUGUUCAGCAGAAAGUGGAGGUUUUCCGUGCCAGAGAUUCUGUGUCGAGCGUCCUGGCGUGGGGAGUCAGUCACUCGACAAACGACCUGAGCCAGGUGCCCGCACCUGUCAUGCUGCUACCUGAUGACUUCAGAGCCAGCACCAAGGCGAAAGUCAGCAACCACCUCUUCAACAAAGAGAACCUGCCUGGACUGUUCAAAUUCAAAGAGUACUGUCCACAAGUCUUCAGAAACCUCCGUGAACGCUUUGGCAUUGAGGACCAAGACUACCAGGUGUCUCUGGCUCGCAGUCGCCCGCUCAAAGACCAGGAAGGGCAGCGUGAGAGCCUGCUGCUCACGUCCCACGACCGCACUUUGGUGGUCAAGGAAAUCUCCAGCGAGGAAGUGGCAGAGAUGCACAACAUCCUGUCCGAGUACCACCAGCAUGUGGUCACCUGUCACGGCAGCACGCUGCUACCUCAGUUCCUGGCGAUGUACAGAGUGACAGUGGAGAGUGACGACACUUACCUGCUGGUCAUGAGGAACAUGUUUAGCCACAGACUGCAUGUACACAGGAAGUACGACCUCAAGGGCUCUCUGGUGUCUCGCGAAGCAAGUUUUAAAGAGAAGGUCAAGGAGCUUCCCACCUUUAAGGAUGUUGACUUCAUGAACAACAUGCAGAAGAUUUAUGUGUCUGAUGAGCAGAAGGAGAGCAUCAUGGACAAGCUGAGUAGAGAUAUUGAGUUCCUGGCGCGUAUGAGAAUCAUGGACUACAGCCUUCUGCUGGGCAUCCAUGAUGUGCAGCGAGCCGAGAAGGAGGAGGAGGCGAUGGGGACGGAGUCGUCCGGCGCUGAAGAAGAGCCGGACGAAAUCGUCUCAGCUGUUGCUCCCAUGAGCUCCACCUCCCCUGAAGGCAUCGCUGGAUACAUGAGCUCCUUCAAAGCCAUGGGCCCCGGGGAGUUUGACCCUUAUGUGGACGUCUACGCCGUAGAGAGCGCUGUAGGUGCACCGCAGAGGGAAGUGUACUUCAUGGGUCUGAUUGACGUUCUCACGCAGUACGACACCAAGAAGAAAGCUGCUCAUGCUGCCAAGGCUGUCAAACAUGGGGCGGGAGCAGACAUCUCCACAGUUCACCCAGAGCAGUACGCCAAACGCUUGAGGGAGUUCAUCACCAAGAUCUUUGCCUGAUAGUGCAAACAGCCAUCCAGCUUGCACACUCGCGGUGUCACCGUGCGCCAUAUCUUGCUUCUUCACGUACUAUACCUUGCCUUUAAAUUCACGGUUCGCUUCACUUCGGGUACACUAAGGGAAUACAAUUAAAAACAUGCUUAGAUUUUGUGUGUAAACAGCUUUAAGGAUUUAAAAAAGCUAAACAUUGCAAUAAUUUAUGGUAAAUUCUCCCUUAAAGGGGAACUGCACUUUUUUGUGGGGAAUUUGGCCUAUUAUUCGCAAUCCUUAUGUAAGCAUAUGUUUUUCUUUUAUUAUGCAUUCUAAGUCGUUAAAUACGACACGUACGAGCUGGCUAACAAUGCAGCUAAUGGGAGUACACUAUUCUAAAGAUUAAAGUACCAAUGAUUGUCACACACACACUAGAUGUGGUGAAAUUUGUCCUCUGCAUUUGACCCAUCCCCUUGGGGAGCAGUGGGCAGCAGCGGCGCCGCGCCCGGGAAUCAUUUUGGUGACUUAACCCCCAACUCCAACCCUUUGUUGCUGAGUGCCAAGCAGGGAGGUUAUGGGUCCCAUUUUUAUAGUCUUUGGUAUGACUCAUCUGCCCGUAAAACCCUCUCAAAACAUCCCAAAAACUGCCAACAAUGCUCAAUAUACGUCUCAUCCAUCCAUCCAUUCAUUUUCUA